GCAGGGUUCUCCUUACGGUCGAAACAUGAAACCGGAGACCGUUCAGAGUGACGCGCUUUACGAUUUGCGAGCACUGGCACGAGAGUUUUUGUAAAGUGAGAUGGCUGUUUAUGCAAAAUGCAUAUUUGAAAACUCGGUGGAUUAUUGCAAGAUUUUGCCCUUUUUCCCGGGAAGCCCAAACCAGAAUGAACACUGAUGAAGUAUUUUUCGACGAUCCAUGCACAUAUGUUAAAAUUCCGCGGAGAUGAAUAAGCCUCAUAUAUACAUUGCCAUUGAAUUGAUAAUUGCUGUCCUGUCGAUCGCCGGCAAUGUUUUGGUGUGCUGGGCUGUUGCAAUCAACACUACACUAAAGAACGCGACGAACUACUUUUUAGUGUCUUUGGCAGUGGCAGAUAUAUUGGUUGGCUGCCUGGCCAUACCUUUUGCCAUCACCAUCAGCAUUGGUCUGCCCUCGGAUUUCUACGGAUGCCUUUUCCUGGCUUGUUUUGUUUUAGUUCUCACCCAGAGUUCAAUUUUUAGUCUUCUGGCUGUAGCAAUUGACAGAUAUAUGGCUGUUAAAAUCCCCCUGAGAUACAAAGAGCUUAUGACAGGGAAGAGAGCCAGAGAGAUCAUCGCCGUCUUAUGGAUCCUGUCAUUCGUCAUUGGUCUCGUGCCAUUUCUGGGUUGGAAUGAGUGGCACGUGGCAUGCUGCAAUGAGACCGUUCGAUAUGCCAACUCCAGCAGCUGCAGCAAGAGCAGCAGCAGCAGCAGCCUUCUCCAGAGCUGCCGGCUCAAGUGUCUGUUCGAGAAGGUGGUGGACAUGCACUACAUGGUCUACUUCAACUUCUUCGGCUGCGUGCUGCCGCCGCUGCUCAUCAUGCUGGGCAUCUACAUCAAGAUCUUCACGGUGGCGCGGCGCCAGAUGCGCCAGAUCGAGCUCAAGUGCAGCGUGGGCAACGGCGAGAGCCACCACCACGGCAUCCUGCAGCGGGAGAUCCGCGCCGCCAAGUCGCUGUCCAUCAUCGUGGGGCUGUUCGCCCUGUGCUGGCUGCCCGUGCACAUCCUCAACUGCCUCACGCUCUUCUACGACGACCUUCACAAGCCCCCGGAGGUCAUGUACACGGCCAUCCUCCUGUCGCACGCCAACUCGGCCGUCAACCCGGUCAUCUACGCCUACCGCAUACAGGACUUCAGGGUCACCUUCCGGAAGAUUCUGACGCGCCACAUCCUGUGCCGCAAGGACGAGCUGUACCUCAGCUCCAACGGCAGCAAGCGACACAGAGACCAGAUCAACAUGACGAUCGACCCUCUGCUCUAGUAGGCCAGCGAGAGGCAAGCUGCCCUUUGCCCGUGUAACAUCCCAUUUUAAAUGUCUCCAGUGUUUUUUUUUUAUUCCAUGAAAUAUGUGUAAAGGAAUGUUUACAGAAUAGAAAGAGAGGAUAUGCUAGAACUACGUGUUGAAAUGCCUUGGAUGUGAACUCUUAUUUAUGAAAUGAGCACAGGACCACUGGUCUGAUUCCUGAAAGCGGGUGCUGUUUUGUUGUCUUUGGUGGAUCUUUUUCCGUUUGAGUAACCGUCAUGCAGGACUUAUCCAAUAGUUUUACCUCUUCAAGCUUACAUCAUAGACUACCACAUAGUCUCCCCAAACUACAUGUACAAACUUGAAAAUUCACUCCUUUAUCGAAGCCUUGACUGAAGGAUAAGACUAGUCAGAGUCAGAGAUUAUUGGAACGCAGCUGCAGGCUUUCCAGCGUAAAUGAAGUGAAAGGAAAAAAUUUGAGACUUCAGCCAGUGUCUUGAAGGGGGGGGGGGGGGAGUCCUAGGAAGCACCCUCUAUGGAACUGUGUAAGCAGGAAAUACCUGACUUUAUGUCUGCAGCAUCUGAGAAACCCUGAAGAACUGAAAUAGUCAUUAACAAGCACAAGUCCUUAUCGGCUCUGAAGCAUUUCACAGAUGCUUUAGCUAGUUAGUGUUAGUGGAGGAUAUACUGUACAAAGCAUCUGACAGAAAACUUUUUGAAAUUUGAAAUAUGAUUUGUUUGACACGUUUGAAUUUCAGUCACUUUUCUGUAUCCGUGUGUGUGUGUAUAUGCACAUGUGAAUCUUAUUCUAGAUUCAACUUAGAACGCUCAGGAAUGAUCAUCCCAGAGGUGGACACUUAACAGGCCACUCCCUUUAAAGAGGUAAAGAUUUGUCUAAGCUCAAAUUUCAAUCAGGAUCCUGUUUAUCCUAGAGCCUCAGCUGUGACUUGUCACACACACACACACACACACACACACACACACACACACACACACGCACACACACACACACACACACACACACACACGUGCAGAGCAUGGUCCCAGCUGUGAUGGCAGGAUCCUGACAGCCCAACUGUCACCCCACCAAGCCAUGGGCAGCAUUUGUCAUUGAACGUGUAUAUUCAAUGAAUCACUACUGACAUCAUGAUACACCCAAACAUGCUCACAAGUUUCUGUCGGGGAUGGCACUUAAGCAUGGAGAUAAAUGAUAAAAGCUGCUUCCAUCUUCAACAGUAAAAAAUGCAGGACCUUAACUAUAAAUACAUAUGAGAGCUGCUUCGACAACUGUAGCCAUCCCACUAAGCAGACCACGAAUGUAAACUUUCAACACAUUGGAGGCAGCCUGGCUAACUAGAGGAUUUCUUUGCUUGUUGUUUGUGAACAUUGUCUGUGUGGUGGGGAGGACCGUUCACUCCUAAAUAUCGGCUUGAAGUCAAGCAUUGCACAAACACUACAAUGGGAGUCCUAGAGCUUAUAAUGGUUUUCGAAGUAGAUUGCAAGAAAAGAAAUUGGAAAAAAAUUGUGGCGCGUUCCUUAUUAACUGUGAGUCGUCUGGUGCUGCACUGUGCUGUAUGCGUACUUGGCCGAGCUUUUCAAAUGCACUGAUGUGUGACUAAUGUGUUUGUUUUCACCAGAAUUUAAAACUAAAGAAACUAAAAAAAAAAAAAAGAAAAGAUUUUGUAUCAGCAGGCGCCUCGUGGUGACAGUCAAUGCCAUCACAAUGUUGCUAUUUAUUGUAUUAUCCAGCAGCUGUUUCACAAAGGAAGAUAACGUCAAUUGAGAUUGAUGUGAAAUGCCAAAACUCCUAGGGCACAACUCUUGAGUCUGGGUGUCAUGCAGUGCUUGAUGAAAUGGUUCAUUCAAUACUUAAAGGGCUAAACUAGAGGAAUGACUUUGUGGGCAUUCCAUUGGAGACCAACCUGUACUACAUUCUACAUCGCUGUCCAUUAAUCUUUUUACACUGAUGUGCAUUCCAGUAGAGCUGCGGUAGAUAUAAUUAAAAAGCUUUUUUUUAUAUCGAUAAAAUUCUAGAUAUGAACAUGAUCUAAUUGAUCAAUCCUGCCACUGAUUAAAACAAUAAACAGUGUUUUUUUAAAAGACAAACGUUGUGUGUUUUAAAAACUAUGCUUCAGUAAGGUCACUAGUCAGCAUAUACAGUGGUUCACAAUGUUUUGGUGUUAUCAGUGCUCGAAGAAGAAAUUGUCAUUCGUACUACAAAUGUAAACCAGUAUUGUUAUUUAACAUGAAUAAAACUGUAUGUAUUGUGACUUAUUUUGUUAAUAAAAAUGUAUGUUUA